AAUCACGUGAGCUAUUCUGAUAGGCUAAAAAGUAUGUAACAAAGUUCGCUAACUUCGAUUUAACCAAAACAUAAACAUUUGUUAAGCCAUGAUGAAAACAUUAAGUGGAGUAAUUUUGUUCGCACUAUUAGUGUCCACUACAAAUGGUCUGGUGUUUUCCAGUAUAAGUCAUUAUUUUAAUCAAUUUUUCCAAUUUUUUGGUGAUGAACAUUUUUCUUCUAUAAAAAUUGAUCCAGAAGUAAAUAUGAACGCUGCCCAAUUGAUAAGAAGUAAAGGAUAUCCAUGCCUAGAAUACAAAGUUCAAACCUCGGAUGGUUUUCUUUUGGGCCUACAAAGAAUACCUUAUGGCAGAAAGGAUCAUGGGAUGAACAAAAAUAGACCAGUUGCCUUUCUCCAGCAUGGUUUAUUGACUGCUUCCACUAAUUGGAUAACUAAUCUUCCUAAUGAGAGUUUUGCAUUUAUACUGGCUGAUGCAGGUUAUGAUGUUUGGCUUGGAAAUAUGAGAGGUAAUACUUAUUCACGAGAACAUGUAAAAUAUUCUGUCGAUAGCGAUGAAUUUUGGGACUGGACUUGGUACGAAAUGGCAGCCUAUGAUCUUCCAGCAAUGGUCAAUUUUGCUACAAAAACUUCAGGUCAAAAAGAUUUGUACUACAUUGGCCACUCUCAGGGGUCACUCAUCGGAUUUACUCAGUUAUCUAGAGAUAAGGAAUUGGCAAAGAAGAUUAAGCUAUUCGUGGCUUUAGGACCAGUAGCUUAUUUGGGUCAUAUGAAGAGUCCCCUCAAGUACUUGGCCUGGUUCGCCCCAGAAAUGCGUGAUAUCUUCAAAAUAUUUGGAGUUCGCGAUUUUAUGCCGAACGAUGCACUUAUGAAAUUUUUAGCUCGUUUUGUUUGUGAUUCUAAAACUAGAGUAUUUUGCGAGUGCUUCAUCUUCUUAAUAUCAGGCUUUGAUGCUAAGCAAUUGAAUGAUUCUCGAUUACCUGUUUAUGUAGCUCAUGCGCCAGCAGGAACGUCUGUUAAGAAUAUGGUACAUUUCGCCCAAAUGUAUGAAACAGGAAAGUAUCAAAACUUUGAUUACGGAUCUCCCGAAAAGAAUCUAAAGCACUAUGGUCAAAGUUAUCCACCACAAUUCUACCCAGAAAACAUUACCACACCUAUUGCUCUCUUCUCUGGAAGAGAUGAUUGGUUAGCUGAUCCUAGAGAUGUACGUAAACUGAAGAGAAGACUAAACACUAUUGAACAUUACUCAAUGAUCGAUGAUUGGGAUCAUCUGGAUUUCAUAUGGGCAAUGGAUGCGAAAAAAGUGAUGAUAUUUGAGUCUAUUCCAUUGGCAGAAAUAACAAAACAUAAAUUAUAUAACGCUAAAUCGGAAGAAAAGUUUAUGGAGAAAACAUCUAUCUCUAAUCCUCCAAAAGGGAUCGGAGAAGAGGAAACAAAAUAUAGAGUUUUAGCUCAAUGCGGUUUUAAAGUAAAGGAUACCUUAGGUUCAGGCAGCUAUGCUGUUGUUAAAUCUGCAUUUUCAGAGAAACAUAAUCGAGAAGUUGCUAUAAAGAUUAUAUCAAGGAAGAAAGCUCCUCCAGACUAUUUACAAAAGUUCUUACCAAGAGAAUUAGAAGUUGUAAGGAUAUUAAAACAUCCUAAUAUUGUAACAUUUUAUCAGGCUAUUGAAACUGAUAAAAACACAUAUUUAGUUAUGGAAAAAGCCGGUAAUGGGGACUUACUAAGUGAAGUUAGACAGCAAAAAUUUAUAAAAGAACCCCAAAGUGGCAUAUGGUUUUGGCAGUUGGUAGAUGGAAUUGAAUAUUGCCAUAAUCACCAAGUUGCUCAUAGAGACUUAAAAUGUGAAAAUUUACUUUUGGACGAUAGGCAAAAUAUUAAAAUAACAGAUUUUGGAUUUGCCAGAGGAAGUAUCUCCAGUAGGAAUGUACUUAGUGAAACAUACUGUGGUAGCUAUGCUUAUGCUCCACCAGAAAUCUUAACAGGUCAGCCUUAUCAUCCUUUUAUGGCUGAUAUUUGGUCUAUGGGUGUUGUAUUAUAUAUUAUGGUAAUGGGAAGACUUCCCUUUGAUGAUACGUGCCAUCAAAAGUUACUUAAAGAGGUUAAAAGAGGACCAAUUUUCCCCGAAAAUCGAGGUGAUUGUGGUGUUGAUUGCAGAGCUCUAUUGUUAAAAAUCUUAGUAAAGCGUGAACAACGAUUAAACAUACACGAAAUUAAAUCUGACAACUGGGUGGAAAAGUACCGAGAUCAGACGAUAGCCAGGCGAAAAAACAACUAG